UUUCAUGUUUCCUCCCACAUCGACUCUAGUUUGGAAUGGUGUCAGGCAGUCCUAUUGGAAAAUGCAUUCUGGUGAGCUAAAGGGUGGUGGGCGUCUGACUUGAAGUACCGCUCAGAAAGGCUCAGCUCGACAGGGAGGAAGGAUUCUGAUGGCUCCCUGAGCCUUUCCUCAUCCACAGACCCUGCAUCUCCCCACCCCAUCUUUCGGAUUCUCUGCAUCUCCAUCACCACCGCCACCGCACCGGCCCUGCCAGUUGGAUGCAAAGUUCACCAAUGGAGCCAACGCAAUUAUGGGACGGCAGAUGCGCAAAACCCGGGAGAGGAUCCAGCCGCGGACGGGAAGGCAUGUUAGCACAGCAGCCCCGGGUCUCCUUUGGCGCAAAGCGAUUCGGGAACUGGGAUUCCUCUAUGCACCAUCAGAGAUGCAACUGGUUAUUUAAUUGAGGACAUCGUGUAUUUUUUUGUUUUUAAAAGAAUUCUCCAGAUUAUGCAAACACCCCUGGUUUGAACAAGCCCCCGGCAACACUUUUAAAGUCUUUUUAAAAUAUAUGUAUUUUCACACCAGCACACAGGCAAGACGCUACUUCGGGCGGAAUUCUAUAAGACCAAAAGGGAAGAGGGUCCUAAGGUGCAGGAAGGAACUCGGAAUCUCUGUGAAAUAUCGCUCCACAGCAACAGCCCCUCCAAAAAAAGAAAGGAAGAGGGUGACGAAGAAAGAAAGAAGGAAAAACGCCACAAAGAUGCCAAAUGCAGCGUGACAACCUCUCUGCUGCAGGGAGGGAGGAAGCAAUGCAUUGAAAAAAUGGCGUGCGGCAUAAUUACCUCCGAUCGCUAGUCGCUUGACACCCUGACACUAAUUCGAGUCAAGCCACGCUGGGAGCAUAGCGGAGGCUCUCUCCGGCUCUCCCCUGCCCUUUCCCAGAGAGAAAGAACAUCGGAUCCAGGUGUGACGCCCGCCUGGCGGGCAGAUGGAGAGCGAAACAGGAAAUGUUCAACUUUCCAGUAUUAAAAGGCAGACAUGAAAGAAUCCAUUUAGGAAGGAGCCCGUAGAAGCGAUGGACGGCUCGCACGCCAGAAUUUCUUUGACGCUUGCCCUGGACCUGGAUUGAUUUUUCUUUCUUUCUUUCUUUCUACAUCUCUUCCCGCUCCUCUCUCCCCACCCCGUCUCCCUGCGCCCCCUCUUUCUCCAGCAUUCCCUCAGCAGAUGGAUUUUUGCCACUGCGGCUCAGCAGAGGGUGUCAGAUCUUUCCGAGUGCACCAGGCUGGAAAGAGCAGAACCUCUUAGCAACUCCUGCCUUAUGUGCGUGAAUGAGUGAGUAACUGUGCAGCUCGGAAGACGGGAGAGGGGGGAGGAGAGAGCGAGCGCGCAGGGGAAGACAGGAGAAGCCGAGAGAGAGAGAGAGAGAGAGAGAACGCGAGGGAACGCGGUAAGGGGGAGAAAUGGACAGACCAAAAACGCAGCGAUUGCAGAAUUUUUGCAGCGCCAUUGGUUCGGCAGCCAGUCGUUAGGCUGGGGCGUGAUUUCAGCACCAAGGGGGACUGGACAGCACCCAGAGUGGGGUCUCCUGGGCAUCCAGCGGCGACGGCAGCAACAGCAGCAGGGAUCCCGGAGGCCGGCUUUGCACGAGAGAAAAAAGCAAGGUCAGUCCGAAGCCAAAGCCAUGCACACGGGCCGCUCCUGCCGCUGCGCUCCCGGCUCCUCCGCGCUCCUCCUGCCUAUGCAGCGGCUGCUGCUGCCAAUUGCUAGCCAGAUCGUUCCUUAACGCCGAGGCGGCCGCAGAUCGACUUCGCUUUCUUCUUCUUUGGGGGCGGGGGGCCCCCCUCUGAGGGUGGAGGUUAUGAAGGGGGGUCUUCUACUUCCCCCCCUUCUUGUGCCUCGCAAUACGUGCCUGGAUAGUUUGUGGAUAUGAUCGCUGACUGGAGUCCGGGCUGUUGCAGUGUUUUGGGGGGGAGAGAGGGCUAAGAGGAGACCAGGCAGCGCCCCCACAUCCUCCGAUUCUCUCCCCUCCCCAUUUCAUUCCUCCCUACCCAGCACUAUCUCUCUCUCUCUCUCUUUCUUUCUGUUUUUCUGGCUUUUGCCCCCUAUCCUCCCCCUCCCUCUCUUCUUCUUUUUUUUGGCAUCGGUUCGGACACUCCAUGCCUGGAAGGAACUUGACGGCGUGAGAGGGGAGAAUUUCCGCCUUGCCGUUUCCUCUGUGUGCUCCAGCUCGGGGAUGACUCGCUCGGUUUAAAAAUGCUGCUUUGGAUUCUGCUGCUGGAGACGUCUCUUUGUUUCGCUGCCGGGAAUGUUACAGGGGACGUUUGCAAAGAGAAGAUCUGCUUGUGCACCGAGAUCGAGGGCGACUUGCACGUCGACUGCGAGAAGAAAGGCUUCACCAGCCUGCAACGCUUCUCGGCCCCCACUUCCCAGUUCUACCAUUUGUUCCUGCACGGCAAUUCCCUCACUCGCCUUUUCCCCAAUGAGUUCGCUAACUUUUACAAUGCAGUCAGCUUGCACAUGGAAAACAACGGCUUGCACGAGAUCGUGCCGGGGGCUUUCCUGGGGCUGCAGCUGGUGAAGCGGCUGCACAUCAACAACAACAAGAUCAAAUCGUUUCGCAAGCAGACCUUCCUGGGCUUGGACGAUCUGGAAUACCUCCAGGCUGAUUUUAAUUUAUUGAGGGAUAUUGACCCGGGGGCCUUUCGGGACUUAAACAAGCUGGAGGUGCUGAUUUUAAACGACAACCUCAUCAGCGUUUUGCCUGCCAACGUGUUCCAGUACGUGCCCAUCACCCACCUGGACCUGCGGGGCAACCGCCUGAAAACCUUGCCUUACGAGGACGUGCUGGAGCAGAUCCCGGGCAUUGCUGAGAUUCUGCUGGAGGAUAACCCUUGGGACUGCACGUGCGACCUGCUCUCGUUGAAAGAAUGGCUGGAGAACAUCCCCAAGAACGCCCUGAUCGGCCGGGUGAUUUGUGAAGCCCCUACGAGGUUGCAGGGCAAGGAUCUAAACGAGACCACGGAGCAGGAGCUGUGCAGGAAAAACCGAGUGGAUUCCAGCCUGGCUGCUCCUCCCGCAGAAGAGGAGACGUGCGAUCCCGGGCCCAUCCCGACCCCCUUUAAGAUCCAUGGCAAGGAAGACCCUGCCACCCCGGGCUCUGCUCCUCACGGAGGUACAAAGAUCCCGGUGAACUGGCAGAUUAAGACUAGACCUACGGCUGCCGGCUCGACCAUCAACGUGAAAGGCAAGUCCUCCAGCAGCACACCUUGUCCUGCCACCUGCGUCUGCCACCAGAUCCCUGGAGGAUUCAAGGUGAAUUGCAACGAUGGCAACGUCAGCAGCCUGGUGGAUCUGAAACCCAAGCCGUCCAGCGUGCACGAGCUCUUCUUGAGGGGCAACAAAAUCCACACCAUUCGAAAAUCUCAUUUUGUGGAUUACCGCAAACUCAACCUGUUGGACUUGGGCAACAACAACAUCGCCACCAUGGAGAACAACACCUUCAAGAACCUUUUGGAGCUGGUGUGGCUCUACAUGGACAAUAACUAUUUGGACACACUCUCUCGGGAGAAGUUCAAUGGAUUGCAGAACCUGGAAUACCUAAACAUGGAAUUUAAUGUCAUUCAGCUCAUCAUGCCAGGGACAUUUAAUGCCAUGCCCAAGCUGAGGGUUCUCAUCUUGAAUAACAACCUUCUGAGGUCCCUCCCUGUUGAUGUCUUUGCUGGGGUCUCCCUCUCCAAACUCAGCAUCCACAACAACUAUUUCCCUUACCUGCCAGUGGCAGGGGUGCUGGACCAGCUCACCUCCAUCACCCAAAUAGACCUGCAUGACAACCCAUGGGACUGUAAGUGCCCCAUUGUCCCUUUCAAACAGUGGGUGGAGAUGUUGCGACCCAAGGUGAUGAUGAGUGACUUGAGAUGUGAGACUCCAGAAGAAUUCUUCAAGGAGGACUUUGAAUCCCUCUCCAAUGAGGCCAUUUGCCCUCAACUCAAGGUCUUGCCCACCUUGACUUCCUCCCAUAAGAACAGCACUGGCUUAGCUGAGACUGGGACACAUUCCAACUCCUACCUGGAGACUAGCAGGGUCUCCAUCUCGGUGCUGGUGCCUGGCCUUUUGCUGGUCUUCGUCACCUCUGCAUUCACAGUGGUGGGCAUGCUGGUCUUUAUCCUGAGGAACCGGAAGCGCUCAAAGAGGAGGGAUGCCAACUCCUCAGCCUCUGAGAUCAACUCCUUACAGACAGUCUGCGACUCCUCCUACUGGCAUAAUGGACCCUACAAUGCAGAUGGAGCCCAUCGAGUAUACGACUGUGGCUCUCACUCCCUAUCAGACUGAGACAACAGACUGGGGAAAUACAAAAACAAAAAAACCAUUGAAAUUUUAAAUCAUAUUAUGGGCAAUCAGUUCAAGUUCAGCAGCUAGCAACCUCAACUUCCCUCCGGUGGCUCAAAGCUCCCUUUUCCUGAUCUGUGCAUUGCUGUCUCGUCCGCUGAUGUGAAUGGACCACAACAUGGGAUGGGGCUUUGCCCACCUUAAAGCUACCUUCUGGUGAAAAAACACCUACCCACUCACUCACCAAACUGGGGAGAAAUGCUGUGAGUGGAGGUCUGCUUCCCCCCACCCCUUUGGCCAAGCCUCCAACUUGAGGCUGUGCUUGGUGUAAAAAAUGUGCACCGCAAAGCCAGUGGCAAGGAAAGAAAGAUAGAAAGUUCCAGUCAAAGAGGAUGGCUCGACUUAGGGGUUAAAGAGAGAGAGAGUAAAUAUGAACGCACUCUCCUGCAAGGUGACCUAUGACCAGGUGGAUCUAUGGGCCCUGUGUGUGUAUGUGUGUGCUGCGGAGACGAGGGCGCCCCCUGGCGCCCUCCCCAUUGCAAACAAAGCAAGAGUGUCCAGUUGCACGAAGGCAUGAAUGUAUUGUAAAUAAAUGACUCUGAUCUAAACAAACAGACAAACAAACCCAAGUUGCUGCAUGGUUCGCAUGGAUACAAACCACCCAGGGACGCUUCAGCCCCCAAUGGAAGCAGCGUCCAGUUCACCUCGUCCUCCCUCUUACCUGAUAAGUUCCAUCAUAUCAAACUUUCUAUAUAAAAAAAUACAGUAUAAUAAGAAUAAAAAGUGCCAUUUUGCCAUUAUUUUUGUGUGAUUGCUAGGCAGUAGAGAUCGUCCUUUUACUGUGAAACAAACAAGGAAAAAAUGUAAAGAUUUUAUUUAAGACAUGUUUGCAUGGCUAUACUCUCAUGGGUUUCAGGUUUUGCGUUUGGGGGUGUAGGAAAAUGAAUUACUUUGUUGGGUGGAUUUUCUCUCUGUUUGGGGGAGGGAGGAGGGGGCCAGUUUGCUUCUGGUUAUUUUUGAGUUUCCUUUGGAAAUUAACAUCUCCAAUAAUGCCUUUCCAUCUGAAUGUAAAAAAAAAAAAAAUACCCUCAGCAUUUUCUCUGAUGAUUAAAAGUGUUAAACUAUUUUUUAAAAAACAAAGACAUCCCAAGCAGUUAAGCAUGUUCAAUUAAUGCCACUUGAGUGCUUAAGCUGCAAAGUUGAAUGGGAGUAAGAAUUUUUCUUUUCUUUUUUUGUGCUCUUGUAAAUCACACUCUUAAAAACUGGAGGGAGAAAAAAACUGAGCUGAGGAGAAAGCAAGCGAGACUUAAUUAAUUAUAUUUGAGGAUUUUAUAAUGGCAUAUUUUUUCAGUAUUAAAGUGAAAAUGUUUUCAAAGCUCGAGUCAUUCCAAUUUUUUUAAACGCCCCCCCCCCCACUAUCACUUUCUGAACACAAGUGGGAUUCCCACCCUUUUCAUUUUUUAAAAAAAGUUGGGGGGGGGAAUAAAUGAAAAGAGCCUCUUUGCUUUCACUCCAUUGUGAAAGCUGCAGUGUGUUUCUCUCUGGUUCUUAACCAUGUCAAUUUCACUCAGCAAUUCUUGCUGCCUCCCCCUUCCUCCCCCUGCCUUGAAUGCAGCACUGAAAACCUUUAUUAAUACUGGGGAUGCCUUUGGUGCCAAUACUGCUGCUGUGGCUGCACACUGCAGAUAGACUAGGGAGGUGGGUGGGAAUUUGAUUUAAUUGACUCUGCCUUAGAUCUCUCUCAUUAAUACGAUACGGUGACCAGGCUUCAUUGGGCAGCAAUUCUUUAAACCCGAUGAUUGGCAGGCUAGGAUGCUGGUGGCAAUUGGGCAUCAGCAUCUGUUAGGGAUGGAGAUGGGGGGGCAGUUGAAACCGCCUCAAACUAAUUAGUGGUGGAAUUUCCUAACCCCAGCCCCUCUCCCUCCAGAUCUGCACCUUUCAGACUUGUAAUAAAUCUCUCUCCUUUCUGCCAUUCGACUUCAACUCCAUCUACUUUGAUUUCCCUUGCACAGUAGGCUGGCCCUUAACUAGAUAAUACAAGCAGAGGCAGAAAGCCCCCCUGCAAAUCAAUUGCAGCUUCCUAGCUGAAGUCCCAGUGGAGAAAUGAAAGAUUUCAGUCACGUUGCUCCUGGCUUUCUGCAGGCAGAGAAUCCUUUUAAAGAGGAAAACACUGGAAGGGACUAAGCACAACUUCAGAAAGAACAGAUGGGGAAGCUGCGUUUAAAAAGGCAAGAGAGGGGAAGAGAGAAAACACAAAUCAGUAAUAACGAUAUGUCCAUUUGUGCAUAGGUGGUUUGGCGGGGAAAAGGAAGAGGAGAAAGACAGAGAGAGGAGAACAAGGUUCUCAAAACUGAGUUUGAAAACAAACAAACAAACCUUAAGCUGAAGUGUACAAGGACCUUUGCAGAGGUGGGAACUCAAUGAUACACCUAGAGCAUUUGGGAACUUCUUAAACUUUGUCUUGCUAUUUCAUAUUGUUUGUAUAACUUUUUGGUAAUAAAAAAAAAUACCUGCUGCUUUGUACAAA